ACCCAGAGGUCAGAUUUGGGUAAAAAUAUCGCGCGAGGUGCGAUAAGAAUUUUAAUUUUGUUGCUAUGUAAUCAGGAUUAUUUGGCUGAGCUUCGCGAUGAUGUGGCGUUUCGGUACAACAAUAGGGUUUUCCCUCUUCCGUUCUGUUAUGGUUCAAAAAUUUUGGCAAAUUUUGGGCUGCGAAAAUGUGAAGGUUACCGCGUUCCGACAAUGGAAGGUUUUGACAUUGUUCGUUUUUCUACUCGAUUAAAAUGCAAAUUGCCAAGCACGACCAUAAAUAUCACCGCGGAGAUAAUAACUAUAUUUAUUACUUCAUGCGAGUAAUUACGUUUUAAUUGGAACAAUACAUCCAGGUGCUUACGCAACUAGACCCGUUCCAGCCACCAAAAUUUCGAUUUUCUGUGACUCACGCGGUUUCACGGAAACCACUAGCGUCAUCACCAUUGUGAAACCGAAAUAUCCAAGAGAUCCUUGUCGAGGUGACCACUUUCUCCGUGACGAAGAGGCGGUCGACGACUGCACCAUAUUCGAUAACGAAAAUAACAAUAAUAUGAUGACCCUUGGAGACGCACGACCUCCUACAAGAGGACACCCGACUCCUCAGGGUGUGUCCGCGAUUUCCUGUGCAGUUCCAGCGAAUUCCAAAAUUGUUACGAAAUGCAGGCACACGUGCAGUGAGAGGCAGUCCGAUCACGUCUUCUCGGGAAACCCGUUGCCUUGGAGCCUGAUGGACGCGCCUCCAGUCCAUGUCCAAAAUCGCGUUUACGUAACUCUCGGAUUUUCCCGGAGAAAGUCCUCGCGACGAAUUUCGAAAAUAUUUGCGCUCCUUGAGCACAAAUUGUGCUAAUCAACCCGCGCAUUAGUUUUUCCAGCGCCGCUUAAUUGCGGAAUAAAUUAAAAUUCACAUUUCGGUACGAUCGCGUAAAGCUCAGGUGACGUAAUAGGCAAGCAAUGAAAUUUCCGAGUAACAAAGGUAGCAGAUACGUCUCGCCGCGAUCCCGAAAAGGAUAAAAGAGUGACGUAGCACCUUCCUUGACAAUGCAGUGAAUCGAGGAUAUUUUGACCAAGGUGAACCAAAAGAUAGAUAGAGAGGGAGCAUUCCGAAUUUUUAGAUGUUAGACUAAGAAGGAAGUUAGUUGGGUCCGUGGUUCGGGUUUGUGCACAUCUUGGGUGCGUGUGCGUGAGGUGAUUUUGUCGCGGGAGAUCAACCUGAGGAACAAUGAGGAGGAAUAAUGAUGCCACAAACUGUUCCAUCAGCUGGGUUCACCCCACCAUGCGACUACACGAAUUACGCUGACAACUUCGACUUGUCCCUCCUUCCGGGUGGUGAGCAGCUGGACCCAUCCCUCAGUCAAAGUUUCGACAAAGUCCAACCCAAGAUCUACACCACGUUCUACCCCAACUCACCCCAACAAGACGACUUCCGCCCGGAUUUCCAGACCCUGCUGGUGCCAGACGACGAGAAGUCGCAGAAUUCGUACCUGGAAGUACCGCCGAUUUUGUCCCCGAACUCGUACCGGCAGUCCAGCGAGGCCAACUUUUACCCCAGCUCUCCAGAACUCUCGCUGUACACCCCGUCCCCCAGCUCGCACUACUCGCAGUCGCCGGUCGAUGAUUUUUUCCACUACGUCAAGAAGGAACCCUAUCCCAGUUCUCCCUAUUCCUAUCGGGUCAAAGAGGAGAACUUUCUCUCGCCUUGCGGGUUUUCGUCACCGACGAGUCCUGCCACCAGCUACUCGAGCUUAUCGUCACCCGAACAAAUAAACAUACAACAAGCGGAGAACAGCGACGUAUUAGAAUUGCUGGAAAACACUGUCUUGGAUAAACAAAUCAAGCAAGAGAGUACGGUCGAUUUCGGGAACCUCUUGAGUAGUUUCCAGGAUUCGGAAAGCUUAAGACGGUUGCUGGAAGACGACUUCAAGGAAAGUCAGCCGGAGGCUGAGGUGUCUAAGCCCAAGGACCACCAAUUGUUGCGGGAGGUCUUGCGGGACACCAGUUUCCAGAAGAAGUUUAACAUCAGGCCCAUCGAUUUUGGGUUCAUCGGGGGCGAGAUCAAGAUGGAGGAGCCCGACGAGAGCGCACAGAGGGAGUUGAUGAGGGAGAACAUAGAACCGGUGUUCAAUCUAGCGAUCGAGCAGAUGAAGAAAGACGUGGACACCACUUGUACGGCGCUCGGUAUCUCUCCAGAUCCCACGCAAUGGAGUGCCGCUGAUGUCUUGUCGUGGUUGCAGUGGACUUCCAGACAAUUCGGCCUGGCUGAACCUCUUCCCGAACAGUGGGAGAUGAACGGCUCCAGUCUGGCAGCCUUGUCCGAGGAAGAUUUUACGAGGCGGUCACCGCAGGGCGGAAUGAUCCUGCAUGCCCAGCUGGAAAUAUGGAAAGCAGCCUAUUCGGAAGAGGACCUUAGCAUGAAGUGGCAACCGGAGACCACGUCCAGUAACGCGUCCAGUGGGGACAUGUCGGAUGAUGACGAUGAGGAAGCUUCUUCAUCUCAGGCCGAUCCGACCAGACCCACGACCUCGAGAGCGGGGGGUUCCCAUAUCCAUUUGUGGCAGUUCCUGAAGGAACUGUUGGCGUCACCACAAACUCACGGUUCCUGCAUUCGGUGGCUGGACCGGUCCAAGGGGAUCUUCAAAAUCGAGGACUCUGUCAAAGUCGCGCGGUUAUGGGGGAAGCGGAAGAACCGUCCGGCGAUGAACUACGACAAGUUGAGUAGGUCGAUAAGGCAGUACUAUAAAAAGGGGAUCAUGAAGAAGACGGAACGCUCGCAGAGGCUGGUCUACCAGUUUUGCCAUCCUUACAACUUGUAAGACAGUCGUUGUACAUAAUUUAUUUAUUUUAUUGUUAGGGGUUAACGCGGGGAUGGUGUAGGUCUUCGUUUGCAUUUUGAAGUUAUCAGAAUGCAAGUGAAUCGGUCUUUCGUAGGGUAUUACUACGAAAGUUUUUUUCAUGUAAAUAAGUUCAAGAUGCGGAAGGUAAUUUCCAAACUUUUUGACAUAAUUUAAGUAAAAUAUUUGCCGAAGAGUAGGAGCUUUGUGGGGGAGUUAGAGUGGUACCUCGCGGUUGUUUGAUGCUCGGGUUUAGGCUUUUGAAGCUCGACGACCGUAAGGGGUGGCGCUUGUCUCCAGGAGCUUCGAAAAUCGGUGAUUUUGGUCCCAUAUAUCUAUGAUAUAUUAAGUAAGUAAGUUCUAUGAACAAAUAUAUUUUUAAUUUGAAUACUCAUGAGCAAUCCAAAUAAGUACUCAGAAUAUAGCAGGUGCUAUAUUGCUGUGGUUAGUGUUUAGAGUUUUAUAACUGUUAAUUUUAAUUUAUUGUUAAUUGUUUUAUGCGCUUUGAUAACAUGUUGUAUGUUUAUUUUUAUAGUUUUUAAAGAUCUAUUGUAUAAAUCAUUUUAAUAAAUCUUAUUAUUUUUGAA